AUGCUUCCGCACUCUCAGCCGCUGGUGCUCCCAAUGGAACCCUCCAACUGGGCAGUGAUGCCUCCGACGGGGGUGGAAAUGCCCAUGGAGCCCGGAACGUUUGAAGAUAUCUCGACAGCGGGUUGGAUAGGCCCUCGCCGGAGGUCGUUCUGCGGACCCCAGACGGAGGAAGAGUGGGAAGACCUGAUGAUUCACCGCAGCUCCUUAAGACGUGAGAGUGGCCAAGGCACCGGAGUCGGGCUAUCCGGGUCGGGCUGCCUUCUGGGAACAGAUGAUCCUGACCGUGACGUUCUGUGUGAGUAUUACGGUGACAUGGCAAACCGAGACGAGAAGGUGCUCAGUUGUGGCCUGCGCGGUCAAGAAGGCCGAAGGGUAUUGGGAAAUAAACCACUGCGGCAACGGCCCAAUGGUCCAAUGCGCGAGCGAACCAACUACGGAUCACUGGCUAGUCGCCGUCAGCGGGUAAUGGAGGAAGGUGGGGUGUGGGGCGACGUCGAGGUGUGCUGCGUCCCAGUCGAGCCGUGGCACCCAAUGGACAUGGUGUGCCUGGGAGAAGAAAGGCCCGAAGAUGUGUGCGUGCUGCGGCAGACGGACACAGAGUUAUAUGGCACUGGGCGGGCCUUCGCGACCGAUGGGAAGCCAUAA